GUUCACGGCAUAAGGGUCUUUGUUUUGACCAGGAUCGACAAUUGGAGGUUUGUGGUUGGAGAUAUCAAUCUCGCAAUGUGAUACCUCGUGUAGCACCCAUUCCAAUUGGUGAAGAUAAUCCUCCCAUGCAGAUUUUCGCAUCAUUGCCUUUUAUGCAGACGCUAGUUAACUUGCUUAGUAAAGUGAAAAAUUUGGGUGAAG